AUGUCUUCCAACAGUCAAAUGGUCCCCGGCCUCUCACAAGCUACGAUCAAUGACAUAAUGACUGCAUUUGGUGAGAGAAUCGAACAGUUUUUGGGCCCCGCACUAUACCAAAAUCCUACUUCAUCUCCCAAUCCUACUACGCCUCUCAAUUCCACUCUUCCCAGCAUUGAAAUACUACUGCAGAACCUCUCUCACACCAACAACUCGUCCUACCAUACAAAUCCAGGACACUUACGAGCGGAGGAGAUGGGAUACUUCGAUCUGCAACAGGCAAAUGUGGAGAACACUACGGAGAAAUCAAGCGGCAACAAGGCCACCAUCAUCAAGAACACGGCUCAGCUCUCCAAGAUCCCACGUCAUAUACUCUCCACGAUCCCACGUCAGAUCGCCACUCAGCAAGCGGAGAACGACACUACAAUUUGGCCUGCUAUCUCUGCAUGCCUAGGCAAUAUCACAUUAGUGUGGCACAUCACUGCAAUGAGCAAACAAGAGAAGGAUCUACUGCGACGAUCACAGCCAAAUUACUAUGAUCAGCAAGCAAAGGCCACACAUAUCUCGCUGACGUCACACCGGAUGGCUAUGCGGUCUAUGAGGAAGAUGAGGAGGUAA